AUGCCGUUCAAACGCUCACUCGCCUCACAAGCAGGCGUCGCCCCGCCGACUCGACCGCGACUAACCCUACUCCAUGAAGGGUUUGCCUUAGCGCCUGCGACCCGAGCACUCACAGAGAAGCCGGCCUCCGCGGCAUCGGUUGCAUCGCCCGCCACUCCUGGCGGCGGCCCGAGAGAGCGAGGGUCUGGUGAGCCCAAGCCGUACGGCAGAGGGUCAGCCGAGGCAGCUAUCUCAGCGGCACAAGACCCGCAGCAGUGUCGAAUGGAGCUAGCAAAAGACGUCCUGGCGGAAACAACAAAAGGCCCCACGGCGUCGAGGCAAAAGCUUUGGGCGACUUUGGCCAAGACCGCGGGCUGGCUGGACCCAUUCCACCUCGACCCAUCCAUGAUUUUCACGAUCAUGGGGGCACUCAAGAGGGGAGGGUAUCGUUCAGCCCAGUUGUACCUAGACACCGCCAAGAACUGUCAUAUUGCUCUCGGAUUCACAUGGGAUGACCAGCUCCAACAAGCAUACCGCUCGGCAGUGCGCAGUUGCAAACGAGGUAUUGGGCACCCGAAACAGGCCGCCCAUCUACCCUUGGACAAAGUGGCACUGAUCGACUACGAACCGGCCCUUGUCAAUGGUGGACCUCAGUUUCCUGUCGCUGCCACGGUGCUAGCUUCCUGGUGGUUGUUGCGAGAGAUUGAAGCAUCUCGAGCACGUCGCAAGCAUAUUGAGAUCGACGAGACCAACCAGAAAGUGACUUGGAGGCUGCCCAGCUCGAAAACGGACCAAGCAGCCUUAGGAGCGGCACGGUCUCACACCUGUGCCUGUUCUCUGCACCGCAAAGAGCUCUGCCCCUACCACGUCGCUGUGGAACAUUUGAACAAGCUUCCGCCUGGGCCGGAUCAAUACAUAUUCCCGGCAGCAGAUGGCCACAGUUCGACUAAGAAGGGUUGGGCAGACGCCUUUGAAGCCUUAGCCAAGAUACUGGAAAUCCCGAUCACGCACCAGAAUGGUGCUAGAGCAUUCACAGGCCACACGGCUCGUGUCUCAGGGGCCAGAUUCAUGGCUACAAACAACAUCGAACUCUGGAGAAUCCAGUUAUUCAGAAGAUGGGGCUCAGAAGUCUUUCUGCAUUAUAUCCAAGACGCUCCGCUUGCACAACUCGACAUGCUGGCAUUGGAGUCCACAGCUGCCAUGUCGGUACACAAAGCUCGGGAAGAGCUUGAACUCCUGCAACGACGCAUUAAGGACUGCAAAGCAUCCUUUAUGGCCCCGGAGCUGGAUAUGCUAGAAGACUGUGCAGCUUCCGUACACCUCACACAUCAGGAAGAGAAUCUUCCAGGCCGCGACGGUCGGAGCUUGAAGAGCUCAGACCUGGUGGAAGAGGCAGACCUCGCCGGAGGAGCGGUCUAUCACUUCGAGUACCUGGGGCCUGAGGUAGCAGAGGCGCAAUCUCAGAUGACGAUGGCCGGUGCCGAGCCAGAGGAACGGUGUGGAGUCCGCGUCAGUGCGCGUGGAGUUCACAAAGACUGUCCCCGAGACCCGGAGCCACUUCCAGCUGCGAGCACGGCUCCAGCUUCCGCGAGCACGGCACGCUGGAGGAUCACCGGAGGUGCCGACAAGGGCGGCAUCAUCGUCCGGCAAAGCGAGUCCUUGAAGUCGCCGGAGCUGGGCCGCGCCCGGGAGCCCCGGGAGCAGCAGGUCUCCACCGGUGCCAUCGUGGAAGAGGUUGGAGGAGGGAAGUGGCCCAGCGAAAGGAUGGGCUUCUUGUCGAAGGGUGGGAUCGUCCUGGAUCCGAAGGAGUCGGCCGUCGAGGAGAAGUCGCAGGUACGGAGGGAGCCCAGCUACCACUUGGAGAGGGCGCAAUUCAUGAAGACCUUCUCAUGGCUUUCACGAGCUCGAAUCCGACUGGUCUCCGCCCGCCGACUGGAGCAGUCCCUCGACCUCCCUGGAUAUCAAGCCGUGGUCAAGCGGUACAACGAGACCUUGAUCUUGGAGAGUAUCAGCUGGCAAGUCCUGCGGCGCAUGCGCUUGUUGGCCACGCCCGAGCUCCUCCAGGAAGGCUGUGAUUGGCUGGGAUAUUUCCGCGCCAACUCGCUCGUGAACACAGGCGCCGUGCGGGCCGUCUUGGAAUUCCUGUCAAAGUCUUUGGGAUGGUCCAUGGAGACGCCGGUGCUGCUGGGCAGAGGGAUUAUCGCUGAGCAGCAUGGUGUCACGAUGCCAGCUUUGACAUGGGGCAAAGACCUACUGGAGGUGGUUUGGUCCUCCCGCGGCCUCCUCUUGAACCAUGCCGCCCUGAAGCGAUUGAGCCUCUUGAUGAGUGGCCGCCUGGGGCAGACCAUGUCAAAGGGCGUCCUGGAUAUUUGCCACAUUUUUCUGCCACAGCUGCCCAUCCUCCAGUCCGGCUUGGUCUAUGCCUUUGGCGGCGAUAGCCACAUGCAGGGCCUCGCCGAGUUCGUCUUCGCCGCGGCCCUUCGGGGUCAUGACCCUUCGCUGAAGCUCCAGUGGAUGCCAGAGCAGGCGGAGCGUUUUUUGGAAGGCGGGCUGCUGCUGGAGCGUUUCGCCUUCCGCGUGGCCAGCGCGACCUUUGGGUGGUCUCGGCGCGACUGGAAGGUGGCAGGCUUGCCUUCGGAGCUGCGCAGCCAGCCCCGCGGUCUCCGCGGGUUUCCGCACCGGUCGCCGCGUCGAAAGCUCCGGCAGGGUGGCACCGUGCUCUCUGGAAGCUGCGUGCAAAGGGAUUGGAGAGCACCCCGAUGCCGAAGAAGCUUGCUGCCGCAGUGCGUCCUGGUGUUUUAUCCUGUCGAGUCACCGGAGAAGAUGAAGGACAUGCACAAGGUGGUCUCGAAAACUGCUUGUUUGGCCGCUUCCACCUUCCGCCCCCGGAAAUGGCGCGUGCCCGUGGCCAACACGCGGUCACCGGAUGUCCCCGUGGCCAACGCGCCGGACACGACGAGCACCGCGGUGUUGAGCCGUGGGCAGCUCUUCACCCGGACGAGCACCGGAGCCACGGUGCGGAUCGAGUCCGCCCGAUCACCCUGGUGCCGCAGCGUCAGCAAGAACCGCCGUGUGCUCUCAAGGUUGGUGUCCUUCUCGUGGUCCUUGCAACCUUUCAGAAGGUCUUCUGAGCUAGUUCCCGCACGAGGCGGCCACGAGCCCUGUCCGAAGCUCCACUUCGCGCCGCGGCUGCGGCCGAUGUGGGAGACUUUUGAACAUCCGGUGGCACUGCAUCAAGACGAGUGGGCUGUAGGGACUGAUUAG